UUGAAAAAUUUCUCAACAUAAAGUUUUACUCAUAAAUUUUUUCAAAACCUGUUUUAGUUACUGAUUCAAACAAUUUAUCGCCAAUCGACAAUCAUAACUGUAGGAUUAAAAACUUAAAGCUUCUACUACAGCGAUUUCCUCUCUCUCACCACUGACCGAGAAUAACUUCUCUCCUCACAUUUUUAAAGUUACGAAAUGUGGCUGCCUGAAGAAGCAUGGAACAGAACUGGACUCAACAGCAGCCUUUCUGGGACUCCAGGCCGAUACGAGGAAGGCUUAAGCGACCGCAUGCAGAUGGCCAUCGCCAAGCUUGACCAUUACGCUAAGCUGUAUGAUGUCGUCAUAUUCACCUUCUUCAUAAUAUUGGCGGUCGGGGUGGUCAUCACGCAGAGGAUAUCAGCUCAAAGGCACCGCGGCCAUGAGUACAUGUUGAUGCCCACGGCGCCCGUGCCUGCCUACAUGUCGGUCGUGAGCCGCAACGAUGUCCCCAAGACUGCCGACUCAACGUAACGUCGUUCGUGCAGUUAAGAAAACUCCAUUAAACUAGUUAUGGAACGUGUUAGGGGUCGGAAAUCAGUUGAUGACAACGGCUUUAAAAACAAAAUUAAAGAUUAAAAGAUUAAGAUUAAAGAGAACCUAUAAGUAGGCUAAUUAAUCACAAUUCAUUGAAAUAAUUAGAAAAGAAAGCGCUGAAUAACCUUAGAACUGCUAACUACCCAUCUGCGAAGUGAGAUAUAUGCUCUGCUCAAUAUAAAGAAAGGCAUCGGCGUUGACUGAGUCGUAUAUAUAUUUAUAUAAUCCGGAUGUAAUAUUACGUUCCGUUAGUUAGUUAUGUAAUAUUACACUUUUUCCCAUCGAAAAUUUACUACUGGCACCAGAAGAGUAAUACGACAAUGCUCGGGGACGGCUCUCCAUCAGCAGCGUCGCGAACCGCAAAAAUCAGAAAAAGGCCUGAAAAUAAAUUAUGCUCAUCUGUACCUUUUUUUAAUGCAAGAAAACUUAAAAUGGUCUAUUGAGAAUUGAAAAUGAUACAGCAUGAAUCCGAAUAAAUUCUCUAGAAACUAUACAAUCGGUCGUUCAAAGUGCAUGAAACGUCAAUCAUUGAAUUGGCGGUUCAGAGCUAAAAAUGUACAUACGAGAUGAACAAUAGGAAUAAUAUAGAAUACGACUGCAGAUGCUGUCUCCUCCAGAGUGCAAGGAAACGACUUUUGAAUAACUGCAAAUAAAAUUUUUUCUGCAUCGA